UGCGAUUGGCUCAAAGCGGGUUAUUGCCGCUUGUGUCUACCUGGAAGGUUAAACUCAGGGGAAAUUGUCGUACCGUUCUCAGUUUCCGGAAGAUCUUUGGAGCCUUCCUAAAAGAAAGAAAAUGGAAUCCUGAAAUCGCACUUAGCUUAACAGUCGAGCGUUUUUGAGAGAAUAUCAGUAGAACAAUUUGGAAGUACAAUUACAUUGCUAAUAACAUCAUUGAACAGCAGCUGGAUCUUGCUGAAGAUUGGAGAGCAUCCCUCAACCUCCCUCCCUUCUGAUUCAAUGGAAGGGUCUGACAGUUCAGAGCAGAGUGGCAGUGACCAGCCAGAGUCACAGCGCAGAAGGCAGCUGGACCGCCUGGACAGGGAGGAGGCCUUCUACCAGUUUGUCAACAAUCUCAGUGAUGAAGAUUAUCGUCUCAUGAGAGACAACAAUCUUUUAGGCACCCCAGGCGAGGUGACAGAGGAUGAACUGUUUAGUAGACUACAGCAAAUCAAGGAUGGUCCAGAACAGCAGAAUAACAGCACUACUGCCCCCAGUACUGAAAGUGGAGAAGAUCCAGUUGAACCACCAGAAAACUCGGAGGAUCCUGCCAAUGGCGAUAGUCUCUUAGACUGGUUGAACACAGUGAGGCGCACAGGCAACACAACCAGAACUGGUCAUCGUGGAAACCAGUCAUGGCGGGCCGUAAGCCAGACCAACCCAAACAGUGGCGAUUUCCGCUUCAGCCUGGAAAUCAGUGUGAAUCGCAACCUGGCUGAACAGCAGGCAGCUGCUGAAGGGGAGCAGGAAUCUCCACAGGAGCCUUCACAGGAGCCUUCACAGGAGCCUUCACAGGAGCCUUCACAGGAGCCUACACAGGAGCCUACACAGGAGCCUACACAUGAGCCUUCACAUGAGCCUUCACAGGAGCCUUCACAGGAGCCUACACAGGAGCCCACACAGGAGCCUACACAGGAGCUUACACAGGAGCCUAUACAGGAGCCUAUACAGGAGCCUACACAGGAGCCUUCACAGGAGACUCCAGAAGAAUCUUCAGAGGGUCAAGAAAUGGUGACAAGUGUUGAACCACAGGUGGCAAAUGUUGAACCACAGGUGCCAAUGGAGACGGAAGUGGUGGAAGAACCAGUUGUUGAGGAAUUAGCUGUCUUAGUGGAGCCAGAACCAGAGCCUGAACUAGAAGAAGUUGUUUCACAAGAGAUUUUAGGAGAACCUCCCUGCUCACCUGCCGCCCUGCCGAUACAACCCCCACUCUCUCCUUCUCCACGCAGAGGACAAAGGAGAGCCCGCAGCCGCAGUCCAGAACCACGCAGGACUAGGGUGCGUACAGCAAGGAGCCGCUCCCCUCUCAACCUGGAUCAGCUGGAUGGUCUCUCUAAUCCACGUAAUACUCACAGCUCUCAAGGCCUCAACUCUGCCAUCAAUGCUCCCCCUGUGCCUCAAGUGGAGGGCAGUUCACGGACUCGACAACACGUUCUUUCUAGGCAAAGCACUGCUGACAAUGAUGUUCAGCCACCUAGGGCUGGCACAGAAACGGUCCCAGAGGCCCAAAAUGUGGGAUCUCAGGAAGGAGAAGCUGCUGGGGGGGAAGGGGGUGCAGCAGGGCGCCGUCCCCCUACUAUUAUGCUUGAUCUCCAGGUACGUCGUGUGCGUCCAGGCGAAUAUCGCCAAAGAGACAGCAUUGCUAGCCGUACCCGCUCGCGCUCCCAGAACUCUAACAACACAUUUCUUUAUGAAAGUGAGCGUGGUGGUUUUCGUAGGACUUUCUCACGCUCUGAGCGUGCUGGUGUGAGGACCUACGUCAGCACUAUCCGCAUUCCUAUACGAAGAAUCUCUGAUGCAGGUUUGGGAGAGGCCACCUCAAUGGCUCUCCAAUCUAUGAUUAGGCAGAUUAUGACUGGUUUUGGUGAACUCGGCUACCUCAUGGAUUCAGAUUCUGAUUCUUCAGAUUCAAACCGUGGAGCCAGCACACCUGCGGACCUGGCUGAAGCCCUCAACAACCCGGAUGCUACUCUUGCGGCCGCUCCUGUAGCUGAUGUUGAUGAACCACCUGUGGCUGCAGGAGUCAGAGCAAGGACAGCUGAGACUGAUAUUGAGGAGGGCCUUGCAACUGCUCCCCCUGCUUCAGGUGGCAGGGUUCGACCUAGACCACCCAUCAGUCUAGAGGAGCCCAGCUCACUGCCCUUCCUGCGGCUUGCCCACUUCUUUCUUCUAAAUGAUGACGACGAGGACCAGCCCCAGGGGCUGACCAAAGAGCAGAUUGACAACCUUUCGAUGCGCAACUUUGGUGAGAGUGAUGCUUUGAAGACUUGCAGUGUCUGCAUAACGGAAUAUGCAGAAGGUAACAAGCUGCGUGAGUUGCCCUGUUCUCAUGAGUAUCAUGUGCACUGCAUUGAUCGCUGGCUAUCCGAAAACUCCACUUGCCCCAUUUGCCGCAGGGCUGUCUUGGUAUCGGCCAACCGAGAGAGUGUGGUGUAGCUUAUGAAAGACUGUAGGCCUUUUGUCUCAACCUAAAUAAUCUAAUAUCCCAAGUCCAUAAGAGGCUUUGUGGAAAUGUGUCUCCACUGUUGAAAUGUAUUUUCUUCAUACCAUUUGUGAGUUUGAUCAUAAUGCAGUCACGGGUUUUAUUUGGGGUGCUCCAUACAAGACAUUUAUUAUUGCAGUCCAAAGUUAGGCACAAGCAAUGCAUGCUGUUUGAAUCCACCUGUAGUGACCGAGCAGUUUGUUGCAUUGCGUCAAGUCAUGUACACAAACAGACCGGUAUCUCUUAAAGAAUCCCCUGGUUAUAAAUGCUGACACCUGCAGGUAGUUCAGGCACAUCUGCUCUUUUGUAUUAACUCCUAAUGGCGCCUUGUAUACCAGAAUUUGGGUAUUGGUACAAUUCUUAGUUACACCAGUUCAAAGUAUUAGCUGUAAAUAAGCUUGUAAAAAUAAUUUUGAAUCAUACUUUGUAUCAGUGAAUUGGUUUUGAAUUGUGAAUUCUCAUGAAGAUUAUGGUCAUGUUGGCGGCAAUUACACUCUAUCAGAGCAUCCCUAAAUUUACUGUUAAACAAAUAGGUGGUAUCAGUGUACACAGCAGAAUUAUUCAGAGAUUGUGAUGUCCAAAGGAUGUAGGACAUUGAGUGGUUUGCCAUUUACAGUGUGACUUGUACUCUCCUUUGUUCAUCUGCAAGAAACAAGCUACUGUUUUGGCUUGGCAUACACCAUGAAAACUCAGUGUGAUGAAUUGUUUAAAAAAAAUAGAAUGUUGUACAGACAUAAGGGAAAGAUAAAUCCAACUAGGCUACUUUUGCAAAGUGUAAGUUUAUUUUGGAAUCAUAUAGCAUCUUUAUUUUCUUGAUCACUAAAAAUGAUUGAGUAGUAGUCAUACCAGAAAUUAGGGGUGUCUCAAUAUUGGUAGUAGAUAUUGGGUUGAUAUCAAGUUGUUGGCAUGUGAAUUUUUCCAGCUCAACAAUACUAUACUAACAGGCAUGACAUGUCGAAAAAUUUGGAUAUGUUUUCUUUUGCUUUUUUCACCCAAAUGUAAAAGGAUGUUUUACUUUUUAAUGUACAACAAUGAUUUCACAAUCAUUUUGUCCUUUCAUCCAUUAGCUACAGGUCCGAUUCUUUAAUUUUUUCACUAAGAAAUUGGAUUGUCUUUAAUUAUUGACCGAUGAAUUAAGUUAUCUAAGAUGCUAUUCGCAUAGAUGGGAAUGACCAGACAUUGAUUUUAAAAUGAAAUGUCAACACAAGCCAGAAUAGAUCUCUUUACCUGGAGGUCCAACUUAAGUUAUUAACCCAAAGCUUCGAGUCUCAGACGCAAACCAAGUCUGAAAAAAUCCACAUCAUUGUCCUGUCUUAUUAAGGCUCCAGUAGAAAGUCAAGUUGCUCGCCUACUGUGCCCUCCUUCUGCCCCAUGAGCAGAUGCUCCAUAUCAGUGCAAUACAUGCUAAAGUGAAAGUAGGGAAAUACAAACCAUGAUAUAUAUGUAUGCUAUUGUUAAAAACUGUUGUUUAUUGCUAAAAUCUUAAAUGAAGACUUAUUACCUUUUUAAAAUGUGUUGAAGUUAUUUUAUUUUCAUUUUAUUUAGAAGUUCUGUAGGUUUUAAUAGCACUGUUGAAGAACAGGAACACUGGCUAAAGGAAGAAAAGGGCAUCACAAUGAAUGCCAUCCUGUCAUGUCUUGUUCCACCGUUUGAUGUCUUUGCCACAAUUAUUACUUCCCUUUGUGGGACAUAAAGGUUUGAGUGCAAGAUGUUGUCAUUGUUAUAUACCAUAAACAUGUAAAUGAAAUGUAUGUUCCCUCUUAGGCCAUUCUUUAGUUUUGGCCUUGUUCUGUGUCACCCAGUGCAGUAUGUUAACUGGGUGUUAAAUGAAACUAACCGCUGAAUUAAACAAGUUGUUAUGCUACAAAA